AUGUAUCAAUUUCCUCAUUAUUCUGAUGCACUCAAACAAUUUCCAUCCGCUGCACUUUCAGCUUAUUUUGCUGGAACUUCAAAUGUUGGAAAUAAUAUGCUUCCUAAUUCUGCACAUCAUUCUUUAGCAGCAGCAGCCGCUGCUGCUGCUGCUGUUGUAUCACAUACAAAUCCAUUUUCUAUUGAUAAUAUACUUGCACCACGUCCACGUUUACCUGUACCAUUAUCAUCUUAUUAUGGAUCAACAGCAAAUAAUACAGCACAAAAUGCAGCUGAUUUCUAUUCUUAUCCAGCAUUACAAAAUUUUUUUGCUGCGGCUUCAAUGGCUCAAAGUCAUAAACGAAAACGAAGACAUCGAACUAUUUUUACUGAAGAACAACUUGAACAAUUAGAAGAAGCUUUUGGUCGUACACAUUAUCCAGAUGUUAUGAUGCGAGAAGAUUUAGCUAUGAAAAUCGAUCUUAAAGAAGAACGUGUUGAAGUUUGGUUUAAAAAUCGUCGUGCUAAAUAUCGUAAACAAAAACGUGAAGCAACAGAAAGAUGUCGUCGAGACGCUCAUGAAAAAUCACAACGUACAGAUGGUGAAAGUACUGCAACAGGUUCAUCAACACCAAGUGCUAAUUCUAGUUCAUCAUUGAGUAGUGUUGGUCAAGAAGCACCAACGACUGUUGAUCAUUCACAUCAUUUAACGAUAUGUCCAACAAUACCAAGUCAUAAUUGUGAUAGUUCAGGAUCAGAUUCAUCAUUAGAUAUUCAAACACCACAUUCACCAAAUUAUAGUCAACAACCAUUAGCUUUAACAACAAAUGGAAAAUUAAAUAAUACAAAUAAAUCAACAUCAAUGAAUAAUAACAAUUUUCGUAAAGAGACUUUUCCAAUAAAUCAUAUGAGACAACAUAUGACUUCAUCAUCAUCAUCAACAACAACAACGACAAACAAUAAUUCUACACCAUAUGUUAAACUGUAG